AAAAGGAAACCAGCGAAUUUACGGAAACUCAACAUCAUCCAAAAACUUUAAAAACAAAUUCAAAAAAAUACCUUAAAGUAAGAAAUGAUUAUUAUCAAAAAGAACUACCGAACAAAGAAACGAUAGAACAAAGAAACCAAGAAGAAAUAAAGAAACUAUUAAAAGAAUUAAAAAAUGAAAAGAAUUCUUUAAAGAAAAUGAAGAAAGACUACAAAGAAAUGAAAG